AGGGCGGUGGCACGGGAUGGGAUGGAAGGGAUGCGGACGGCUCGGGACAGCGCUCGGUCAGCGUCGCCAGUGAGCCCGGCAGAAUCCGCGCAAGCGCCGUCUUCUUGUUAUUUAUAGCGGGAGCAGCGGGCCGGGAGCGAGGCCACGACAACAGCGGGACAGGCGCUGGGGUGCCUGUGCACAGCCCACGCCUCUGCCCUGCUCUGCCCUGCGCUGAGCCAGCCCAGCUACAGGUGCGUGUCCUGACUGCACGCUCCUGAGAUGGCACAUGGCAAUCGCAACCCCAAGCCUGGGGACCUGAUCGAGAUCGACCGGCCACUUUACCAGCACUGGGCCCUCUACGUGGGGGAUGGAUAUGUCAUCAACGUGACACCUGUAGAUGAAGGAGCCCCAUCCCUGUUUGUCAGCACCAUAUCAGUAUUCACCAGAAAGGCCAAGGUGAAGAAGCAGCUCCUGAAGGAGGUGGUGGGAGAUGAUGAAUGGCGUGUCAACAACAAGUAUGACCGCUCCCGCACUCCUCUCCCAGUGGAGGAGAUCAUCUGGCGUGCUGAGCGCUGGAUUGACAGGGAGGUGACAUACGAUUUGCUUGGCAGCAACUGUGAGCACUUUGUGACAGAGCUCCGCUAUGGAGAGGGAGUCUCUGACCAGGUCAGAAAAGCAGUUAUUGGUACUACAGCAGCAGUAGGAGGUAUCCUUCUUGCUGGUCUUGCCACCGUUUUUGUGAAGGGCUUGUCUGACAACACAUCCAGGAGAGAGAGAAAGUACGAAUGAUGGGCUGUCAGGAAGAGCUCAGAGCAAGGCAGGGGGAGCCCCUGGCCACAGCAACCACUGAUCAGCUUUUGAUACACCUGCCACCAAGGCUCACUAGCACCUGUGCCACCCUUGCUGUAAACAUUAAAUAAGCCUUAAUAAAAUGUCAGAUAUCCAAACUUUAA